UUCACAAUGGGAUAUCGAGGACAAAGGCGCCGAGUGAACUGCUGGUGGAUUUUGUUGCUGUGCUUUGAGGAGGGGAUUUUGGCUCAGCUUAGAUACUCAGUUCCAGAAGAAGUACAAGUUGGAUCAGCUGUUGGAAAUGUCGCUAAGGAUUUGGGGCUUGACACCAGCACCUUGACAGACAGGAGGUUCCGCCUCGUUUCGGGUCCAAAUCACGCUCUGUUUCAGUUGAAUCAGAACAAUGGAGUGUUGUAUGUAGGGGGAAUUAUGGACCGUGAAGAAAUCUGCGAUGGAAUAAAGGUUUGUUCGAUAAACCUCAAAAUUGUUGUCGAGAGCCCACUGGAAAUACAUUAUGUGAGUGUUGAAAUAACAGAUGUUAAUGACCAUUCACCGACGUUUCCGGAAAACGAGCAGCGACUGGAAAUAGCAGAGCACACUCCCCCAGGUACUCGUUUCCAAAUCCAUGCAGCUAGAGACCCCGACGUCGGUACGCAGUCAGUGCGAUUAUAUAAACUGAACCAAAAUGAUUUUUUUGAUACAGAGGUGAGAGACAGCGAGGGGGACAAGAUCCCGUUUUUAGUUCUGAAAAAGCCUUUGGACAGGGAGAAAAAGGCAGAACAUAAUCUAACAUUAACGGCUACUGAUGGGGGCAGUCCGGCCAAAUCUGGGAGUCUUAAUUUAACAAUCACUGUACUAGAUGUAAAUGAUAAUCGCCCAGUGUUCAGCAAAGACACGUAUAGCGUGUCAUUAGAUGAAAAUGCACCGAUAGGAACUCUUGUAAUACAACUGAACGCUACGGAUUUAGAUGAAGGUCUGAAUAGCGCGAUUGAAUACACGUUUGGAAAAACACAGAAGAAGAAAGUGCAAGACACAUUUGAAUUAGACAGCGUCAGUGGUGAGAUUCGAGUUAAAGGAAAAGUGGACUUUGAGGACACGGAGAUUUACAGACUAGACUUGCAGGCUUCAGAUAAAGGUCAGCCACCCUGGACGGCUGAAAGCAGAGUCGUGAUCAAAAUUAAAGAUGUGAACGAUAAUCAGCCAGAUAUUGAAGUGACAUCACUGUCCAACCUUGUCCCCGAGGAUUCAAAGCCUGGCACCGUUAUCUCCCUUAUUAGUGUUACGGACAGAGACUCGGGUGUUAAUGGAAAAGUUAUUUGUAAAAUCUCAGAUAAUGUUCCAUUCGAUUUGACGCCAUCCAUUGAGGAAAACAUGUACUCUCUUGUCACCAAAGGUCGCUUGGACCGGGAAACUGUGUCCGAUUAUGACAUCACAAUAACAGCUACUGACUGUGGUGAACCUCAACUUUCCUCUGCAAAAACCUUACGUGUUCAGGUGUCAGAUGUAAACGAUAACAAACCAGUAUUUAGUCAGAAUCCAUAUGAACUUUAUUUGGUAGAAAACAUUACCCCGGGAUCAUCCAUAUUUUCUGUGACUGCUACUGAUAAUGAUCUAAAUGAAAACGCAGCAAUAACAUACCACAUUGUGAGAGGGGAUGGGCUGCAGGGUGAUAAGACAUCGUUCCUGAAUGUAAACUCUGACAACGGAAAAAUAUCCGCGCUGAAAAGUUUCGACUUUGAAAAAAUGAAAAAGUUGAAGUUCCACGUUGUUGCGUCAGAUUCUGGAACUCCGUCCCUGAGCAGCAACGUCACAGUGAACGUGUUCAUUCUGGAUCAGAACGACAACGCUCCAGUCAUCCUGUAUCCAGUCAGCUCCAACGGUUCUGCUGAAGGUGUGGAGGAGAUUCCCCGCAAUGUGAACGCAGGACACUUGGUGACUAAAGUCAGAGCCUAUGACGCUGAUAUAGGAUAUAACGGCUGGUUACUGUUUUCACUGCAGGAAGUUACUGACCACAGUCUCUUUGGUUUGGACCGCUAUACAGGACAGAUCAGAACACUUCGCUCAUUCACAGAGACAGACGAGGCUGAGCACAAGCUGCUCAUACUGGUCAAAGACAAUGGGAACGUGUCACUCUCAGCAACAGCUACUGUCAUCGUCAAAGUCGUGGAGCCCAAAGAAGCUUUUGCAGCUUCUGAUGUGAAAAGUUCAACUAAAGCAGAUGAGGACAAUAAUGUGACUUUUUACCUGAUGAUAACUGUGGGCUCAGUUUCAGCUCUUUUUCUCGUCAGUAUCAUCGUGCUGAUUUCAAUGCAGUGCUCAAAGUCCACAGACUAUACUUCUAAAUAUCUGCCAGAGCCUAAUUAUGAUGGGACACUGUGUCACAGCAUCCAGUACAGAUCUGGAGACAAACGCUACAUGUUAGUUGGACCCAGGAUGAGUAUAGGAUCUACUAUAGCCCCAGGAAGCCAUGCCAACACACUAAUGCUGCCUGACAGGAGGGGGAUGUCUGGAGAGGUAAGAAAUGUUUUGAUUUCGAAUUAA